GGGGCAGACCACUUCACGAUCUCUAUCAACCAAACCUAAGCCAAUUAUCAGACGCACUUCCAUGUUUUCACACUUUCACCAAAGCAAGAAUUCUUUCAUCUCUUUGGUCGUGGAGGCCGCAGAACCCUUUCUUAACAAUCAUAAGGUUAACCAUGGGAGCAUGCCCAUCAACGCAAUUAAAACCAAUAUCCGUUUUAUUUGUUGGAGCAAUAAAAAAGUAAUCAUAUGUGAUUGAACAUCAGUUUUGAGAUGGAAUCCUGUAGUUUGAUCAUUUCAGAAGGGCAUUGUAGAAUUCUUUGAUUUGUUAAUUCAUGACACCAAAAAGUACUGCCGUUUUACAGCAGAGACGACGCGAUUUAAGGUCCGGACAGGUAAGUUGCGCGCCCUUUUAAAACGGUACCUUUCAGGAAUUAACCGUUCUGAAUUGCUGGCCUGAACGAAGUCUCGCUCGAACAAGCUUGACCCCACACCAAAGAAGAUUUAAGUGCUUUUUUCAUCAUCACUCUUCUUCUACUUCACUACAUAUAUAUCAGCUAAAACUUAUUUCCACGUAGCAACUUCACUUUCAACUUGUUUUUCAUUCCCUGUUCAUUUCUUCUGUUGUAGCUCAAACACCGCUGCCGCCUGCAGUGAAGAAUGAAAUAAAGCUAUGAAGAUGGUUUCUAAAGAUUGUUGCUGCAUGGAGAGGCCAUCUAUGGUUAUUUGGUUCUCUUUCUUGUUGUUUCUAUUACUGCAAAUCGGAGGAUCUUUAUCAGCUUCCAACUGUUUGGUUGGCCUUGGAAGCUAUGACAUAACGGGGCCUGCUGCUGAUGUUAAUAUGAUGGGAUAUGCAAAUAUAGAACAAAUUGCAUCAGGAAUUCAUUUUAGAUUACGUGCUCGGGCCUUUAUCGUGGCUGAACCUCAUGGGAACCGUGUAGUAUUUGUGAAUCUUGAUGCCUGUAUGGCCUCGCAAAUUGUUACAAUUAAAGUACUUGAGAGAUUAAAAGCAAGGUAUGGUGAGCUUUACACAGAGAAGAAUGUUGCCUUUAGUGGCAUUCAUACGCAUGCUGGCCCUGGGGGCUAUCUCCAAUAUGUUGUGUAUAUUGUAACUUCUCUUGGAUUUGUAAGACAGUCCUUUGAUGUCAUUGUUGAUGGGAUUGAGAAAAGCAUUAUACAAGCUCAUGAAAAUCUCCGUCCGAGUUCUAUUUUGAUAAAUAAAGGGGAACUCUUGGAUGCUGGUAUAAAUCGUAGUCCAAGCGCUUAUCUGAAUAAUCCAGCAGAUGAACGGAGUAAAUAUAAGUAUAAUGUUGAUAAAGAAAUGACACUGAUAAAGUUUGUUGAUGAAGAGUGGGGUCCCAUAGGGAGCUUUAACUGGUUUGCAACCCAUGGAACGUCUAUGAGUCGUACAAACUCAUUGAUCAGUGGUGACAACAAAGGUGCUGCAGCACGGUUUAUGGAAGACUGGUUUGAACAGACUGGUUUUAUGACAGAUUUUCGUAGCUGGCCUUUCAAUAACUCUGCAACUGAUGGAAUCCCUCGUAGAGUUUCAAGCCUUGUCCCUAACCUUCAUGAUAAACGUAAUGAGCUGAUAGAACUUGCUGCUUCAUUCAAAUCUUCUCAAGGACAGUCUGCUACAAGAUUUCUGAGUGUUGCAAGACGGGUCAGGAAUGCCUUAAGGCGGGCAGAUAGACCCCAGUUUGUAUCUGCAUUCUGUCAAUCAAAUUGUGGUGAUGUCAGUCCAAACACUCUCAGUGCAUUUUGCAGAGACACUGGACUGCCUUGUGAUUUCAAUCACAGCACCUGCAAUGGGAAGAAUGAACAGUGCUAUGGCCGGGGCCCAGGCUACCCUGAUGAAUUUAAGAGUACUGAGAUUAUUGGGAAAAGGCAAUUCAGAAAAGCCGUGGAACUUUUUAAUAAAGCGACUGAAAAGUUGAAAGGAAAGGUUGGGUAUCAACAUGCCUAUCUGGAUUUCUCUAACCUUGAGGUCUCAGUUCCUAAAAUGGGAGGAGGGAGUGCGGUGGUGAAAACAUGUCCUGCUGCUUUGGGAUUUGCUUUUGCUGCAGGAACAACUGAUGGGCCUGGAGCUUUUGAUUUCACACAAGGAGAUGAUAAAGGGAAUGCCUUUUGGAGAUUGGUGAGGAACUUGCUGAAAACACCAAAUCAAGAACAGAUCAAUUGUCAGAAACCUAAGCCUAUUUUGCUUGAUACUGGUGAAAUGAAGCAACCAUAUGACUGGGCACCCUCAAUACUUCCAGUUCAAAUUUUGCGGAUAGGCCAACUUGUCAUUCUCAGUGUACCUGCAGAAUUCACAACCAUGGCUGGCAGGCGCCUUCGAGAUGCUGUUAAGACAGUGCUUACUUCCGGAAGCAAUAGACAAUUUGACAGCAAUGUCCAUAUUGUCAUUGCAGGGCUGACAAAUACUUAUUCCCAAUAUGUUACCACCUUUGAGGAGUAUGAGGUGCAGAGAUAUGAGGGAGCCUCCACUUUGUACGGUCCACACACGCUUAAUGCCUAUAUACAGGAGUUCAAGAAACUAGCAACAGCUCUUAUCAGUGGUGCAUCUGUUGAACCAGGUCCACAGCCACCAGAUCUUCUUGACAAGCAGAUUAGCUUACUACCACCGGUUGUCCUGGAUGCAACCCCUCCUCUUGUGAAUUUCGGGGAUGUUAAGGAUGAUGUCCCUUUUAAUACCACCUUCAAGCAGGGUGAUAUUGUCUCAGUCACCUUCUGGUCUGCUUGCCCUAGGAAUGACCUCAUGACUGAGGGCACAUUUGCAUUGGUUCAAUACCUUCAAGAUCACAAGACGUGGAUCCCAGCAUAUGACGAUGAUGAUUUUUGCUUGCGGUUCAAGUGGUCCAGGCCUGCAAAACUAAGUCCUCAGAGUUAUGCAACCAUAGAAUGGUGGAUCCCAGAAUCAGUUGUCUCAGGUGUUUACAGGAUAAGACAUUUUGGUGCUUCGAAAUCACUCCUUGGCUCAGUUCGCCAUUUUGCAGGUUCUUCAAGUGCCUUCGUAGUGGAAAAGCCAGCAGAAAUAUCGUAAAGUUCAUGAAUAUAAGUGAUUCAAUUAUUAUAAGAAUACAUAAAUUAGUUAUUUCUCCUGAACAAGUACACUGUCACAUAGACUACAGCUUUGCAUCACACUGUCAGAGAUGGAAAUGAAAGAACUGUUCAGUUAUAUUUAUAUCACACAGCCAGAAAUGUAACACACCAAUUCUUGGGAAUAUGCAUCAUUCCAGGUAUUUCUUUGCUGUUA